AUGGGGGUGAAAUCUAGGAUGCUGUGGCUCCUGCCCUGCUUUCUAGCUGCCUUUGUCAAGGCACAGAAGGAAAUCGACCAAAAGUGGGUAAGAACACAAAUAAAUCAGUCUCUGUUAGAUAAUUACACACAUUAUUAUUGUUAUUGAAAUGUCUAAUUGCAUAUUCAAUGGAAAGACUGCAGUAUAAAGACAACUGACAUUUUUAUUUUUAAAGCAACAUUGAUUAUGAACAUAUAUAUAUUGUUUUUUAAUACAUGAAUUACCCAUUUUACUCCUGCAUUUCUUGUAUUGUAUGGUUGCUAUGCUAGCAUAAAAGGGUCUGAUCUAUAGAUACAAUAUAUUAACCAGUGGUUAUCUGGAUUGGGGGUUAAACACUAUCAGAUUCAUUUUGUACUUUGAUCACAUCCGUUUCAUGGUUGUGUUGGCAGGCAACAGUGUGAUGUGUGUCUAUAAAAGGUGAUGUACAGUAAUUAGUGUUUGUGGAAUUAAAGCUGCUGAAAUGUCAUUCUAACCUAGACCAACUGUUAUAUCUGAACAGAUGAUCUGUUUUCAUUAACUCCAUUACUGAAUAACACAAGCAAUGUACAUUCCUCAGUAAAACUAGAUCUUUUAACCCCUUAAGGACACAUGAUAUGUGUGACAUGCCAUGAUUCCCUUUUAUUCCAGAAGUUUGGUCCUUAAGGGGUUGUGUGUGUGUGUGUGUGUGUGUGUUGUUGUUGUGGUUUCUCCCAAAAAAAAAAAAAAGCAUUAAAACAUUUAGCAAAGGCUAGAUCGCAGGGGGCCAUUGCAAGCAGAGUAAGGCAUAAACAUACGUUGUUCAUAUUCAAUCAAAAGGGCAUUUAAGUGAGAGAAGUUUCUAUAAACAGCCUGCAUUUUAUAGCAGCCAUUGGGUUCCCAUCAGUUAAUCUUCUUUUGUACAUUUUCAGCCACUGACAAUGAUUAUAAUUGUAGCUAUAUUCCAGCUGGCUGGGGUUGAUAUAUAAUGUACCAGGUAUGAUUUUAUGUGUGAUUACGUGGACUGUCCAAAUUAUAUGGGUACUUUUAAGUAAGAUGCAAAGUCCCAGAGCCUUGUACAUAUACAGACUUCUCUUACGGUGCUAUAUUGUGAAACAGGCAUAUCUUUUCAAGCAUUAUUGACCAUUUAAAUAUCCAAGCAUUGUCAUAUUGGCUUUUACAGACGGAUGGCGCGGGGUUCGAUCUCCAGGGCUCAAAAUAAGAUGGUCAAUAGAAUAGUACUAGCCACAGGCGCACAAUAGCCAUGGUAUGGGGAUCACAAAAUACUCCAACAGUUAACCCUGUAAUCCGCAAAAUUACAGAAGCAGUUGAGCUGGACAGCUAAGAUUUACAUACUCCUAAACACUUUCACAAGAUCUGGGACCCAUGGCUUAAUGACCUUCAGGUACUAUAAAUCACAUUGCACGAUAUCUACAUUGACAGUAGGCUGGAUAGGAUUUGGGAUGGCAGGAGACUAUGGCAUGGAGAAGCAUCCUUUAUUUGUUUCUUUAUUUUCCCUUCUUUCCAUUUCUUUUCAUAAAAAAAACUUGUUUUCAUUUUCGAACUAGCUGGAGUCCGGGUGCAUAACCUAGGUCACAUAUCGAAUACAUGUCUAUGAUUAACAUUUAAACACUACUGUUUACACACAGAGAUCAAGGGUCGGAAUGUUCAUUUGGUUAUCUGUGUGAUUGUAAUAUCUGUUAGCUCCAUAGAGCUUAAUACUAUGCACUUGUUAGACAAACUGCAGUCCACAGCAGAGUGGUCUAACAGUAUUCUGUGUGUACUAGACGUGAAAAGGCUUACAAUUAUUUCCCUCAGUUUUCUAUUCAUGCCCCCUCCCCCCUUUAAAAGUGGGGAAAAAAAAUUACUCCAGUUUUAUCUCUCUCUGACCCUGUCUAAGGUAACCAUUACCGAUGAUCUCGGCCAAUCCAACAGGUCCAAUAGAGAAGCACUGGGGUUGCUGCACAUGUGCCAAUAAACAUCUCCUCAUGCAAUAUACCAAUGCAUCUCUAUGGGAAGCAUUCGCCAUUAUAACAUAGAUCGUAAGGAUGCUGAACAUCGGCUCUCCAUAUAUUGCAGGACUGUCAUAGGGAGCACUUCUGUUGUCUCUCUCAGUGAAGGCCACUAAAAGUGUACCUAGGGACACACAUCAACACAGUUUUUUCACAGAAAAAGCAUUGCUUACAAAUCAGAAUGUGGAAGGACAGGCUUUCUGCAUAGCUUAAGCUAGUGGUUCUGGUGCUAAGAGUGCCAAUUUAGGGGCAGCAAACAAAAUUAACUGCAGCUACAUGGGAGUGUAACUCCCUCUGACCAUUAGAUUCACUUUAUACACAUAUCCAUACCUCCCAACACUGCAAAUGGACAAAGAGGGACAAUUCAAUUUUUGGGAUUUUAAAUAGAGGUGUAGUCAUGGGCAGGGCUAUUCUAAGAUCUUUUAGGUGACUUACUAAUAAUUUAUGCAACUAAACUGUAAUUAAGAGCAAGAACAUUGUAUCUUAUUUACACAGACUGAUUUCUAAAAUCUUUUUAUUGUAUUUUAAAGACACAUUGCAGUGUGUAUCAUUGCUGUUGAGCUCUCUUAUACACUGAGCCAGACCAAUAAUAUGGAGCUCUUAGAAAAGAGGGACAGAGGGAUUGCUGCCAAAAAUAGAUAAUGUCCCUCCUAAAUAGGGAUACUUAUCAGGUAUGAUAACCCAGAAGGGUAAGAUCAAAAUGGGGAAAAAACUGCUUGUGGGACAUAUCCCAAAUAGAACAUUAAAAGACCACUAUAGGCACCCAGACCACUACAGCUCAAUGAAGUGGUCUGGGUGUCAGGUCCAUCUAGGUUUAACCGGGCAGCUGAAAACAUAGCAGUUUCAGAGAAACUGCUAUGUUUCACUGAGGGUUAAUCCGGCCUCUAGUGCACAUUCGGCGCUGAAGUCGGCAGAGGGAGGAGUUUCCCAGCGCCGAGUGAGCCCGGUGCUGGACAAAGGUAAGUGACUGAAGGGGUUUUAACCCCUUCAGUCCAACGGGAGGGGGACCCUUAUGUUGGGGGGGGGGGACCUAAUGACCCUAUAGUGCCAGGAAAACGAGUUUGUUUUCCUGGCAAUAUAGUGCUCCUUUAAGAAAAAGGUACAGUAAAAUCACAAGUUGAAAAGCCUCUUUUUCCAACACCCUAUGUUUUGUUUAUCUUGGGUUAUAAAAGUGAUAGCUCCAAUAUCCAAUUUAACCCCUCCCUCCACCCCCAUUUGAAAGUAACACUUUUUUUUCCAAGAUAUAUUUAUCUAUUUUAUUUGCCUUCUGGUAUAAAAUGAAUUCUAAGCUACUCUGUGUAGGCUUUGCCUCCAGUUUUUAAGUAUGUCUGUUUGGGAAUGUUACUGUUAUGGGUUUGCUGACCCUUUAAAGAUUAGACUGUGAUGAGUGCUUAGUGCUAUAAAGCGUUAAAUCUGAUUUCUGUAUCCUAUUUAUGUUUUGUCCAUUUGCUCCCUGUCAUGUUGAUUGGUGAGCUAUUUUGAUUUGUGACUUCUGGUGAAUUUGGAUAUCCAAAGCAAAACAACAUCUGGAAAGACUUAAUGAUGUGAGAAAAUCAACAACCAGAGCCACAACUGGAUUCAGAACCAUGUGGGCUGGAGAAAACAUGUAGCUUUUUCUGGAACUUUCUGCCCACAGCUGGAUUUAGUAUGUCUCAUUACGUGAUGUUUGUGACUCAGUUAAUUGUAUUUCUAGAUGUGAGAAGUAUUGAGUAAUUUAAUAAUGUCUCUCUCAGCUACUUGCUAAAUCACAGUGCUAGACAAACCCAGCAUUUACAGGCAUAUCUGGUUAAAAUCUUGACAUAGACUGGGAUACAAUAGCGCUCACUUAUCUCAUGACUUGCAUAUCGAUAUGCAUGGGACCGUUUGUAUUUUCAAUGAAAAUUCCAAACACCAUAAUCACUAGAUCAUGUUGUAGUGAUUAUGGUGCAAGGAGAGCUCUGGCACCCAAAUUGUAGAGAGUGUGCAAGUCUUUGUACAAACUGUGAUUAAUGCAUAGCUUAAAGGGAUAAUAUAGUGCCAAAGCUCUACUACUGGCACUAUAGUGCCUUCUGUCUCCCCCUAACCGCCACCUGCCUGAGUGAAAAACCCUUUACUUACCAGCUCGCUGCACCUCCUUUGAUGUCGCUUGAGAAGGAGACUCUAAUGUGCCAUGAGUGCUUGAGACUUCCCCAUAGAAAAACAUUAAAUCAGUGCUUUCCUAUUGGGAAAUAGCUGACGUUGGAUGUCCUCAUGCAGAGCGUUAGGACGUCCAGCUUCAGUUACUGGACCAAAAGUCUGUUAAGUCUGUUCCGGAAGCACCUCUAGUGGCUGUCUGGUAGACUACCACUAGAGGCUGUCUAAGUGCUGCAAUGUAAACAUUGCAGUUUCUCUAAACGGUUUUACAUUGCAGCACUAAGAGCAAUCGGAACACUGUACCCAGACCACAUCAAUGCGCUGAAGUGGUCUUGGUGCCCAUAUUGUCCCUUUAACUUGUUGAAUUUAAUUUCCAUGAUUUUACAUGACACAGAAUUUUGAAAUUUUUAGCUCAACAACAGCUUCAAGGCAGUUUAACACCCCUGCUCUAAUGAGAUAGAAUACUGAUUAAAUAGGUUUAAUGUAGACAGUACACUGAUUGUAAAUAUUUUUUUAGACGAUGCUACCUUUUUAAAUAAGAUUCAAAAGUUAUAUUUAGGGUGUGGAUUCAAUGAGUGCUAUUCCUCCUGCUCCCAAACCAAAUAUUCCUAUGAAAAAUCAGAGUGGGAUUUGACGAAUAUAUAUGGUUACGUACAAAAAGUCUAUUACUUUGUAAGUAUAAUUACUGCAAGUUCUUGCACAACUUUAAUCCAACUAAAGCAGCCCGAAUAAACUGUAAUAUGCAUCAAAUUUAUUAUGGGGCAUAACGGUGAGAAUGUAGUCAACUUGUCCAGGAAGAAGUCUCCCAUAAAAGAUGAAUCACCCGUCAGACUAGUCUCCUAUAUGAGGAUGUUGUUACCACAUAUGAAUCUAAGUGGUUAUAUCAAGGUAACCUUUUGAAUAGCAAGCGAAAAUACUAAGAUGCAUAUAACGUUGACGAUGCUCACUAUGUAUAUUUAGUGACUAUUAACAGCAUUACAAAAUAUGUUCUUCACUCUUUUGAUGGGUACCAUUUAGAUAUGUCAAGAAUUAAAUGCCAGGCCAAGAAGUAAAUGCUAGAGAUAAACUUGGACUUUAGUUGCCUUUGUACGGUACUAUCUUCAGUGAUAAAUGUUUUACACUCUAAUAACCUUAUCAUGCGCUUCUCUUUCACUGUAUAAUUGUUCUCACAAAUCAUACUUGUUUCCAAAAUAUUUCUAAAUUGAUGAUUAAUACAGUGGCAUUGACAUUGGAUAGAGAAUAAUUAAAAGUGAUCUGAGCCAUUGAUGGCACGUACACUGCUAGCCCACCAGGGAGAAAUUUUACAGAGAGACCAUGUCAUUGUGAAACCUGGCAUGACCUACUUAAAUUUGAAAUCUUUCUUAUUCUACAUCAACACUACUAGUUUAAAAAAAAAAAUAAAAAAAAAAAAUAGUGGUGCAGAUCUCUGGCCUGUAGAAUUAUACCUUGAGAUUUUAAAUCAUACUGACUGACACACAAUUUUAUUAAAGACACGGAGGCUCCUAUUAUGCUGCACUCUUUCUUUAUUUCCCUCAGCAGCAAAGAAACAUUAUUGAAAAAAACAAAAACUUUAAAAGCAGGUAUAACAUCAUAUAGGCAAUGUCCGCCUAGUAACAUGACCAUCCAAUCAGUGACAUCCUUCCCCUAUAGUGGGCGGAGCGUCGUUGACCAUUUCCUCUUUCUUUGCUGCUUUCCCUCAGAUAAGUACUCCUCUCUCAGCUCCCGGCUGUGGAAUUCUGUAUUUACUUAGAAUUACAUGCUACAUACUGAUUAUAUGCUUUGUAUGCUAAUUGUACAUGCUUAUUAUAUAUAUGCAUGCUGAUUGUGUGUGUGUGUAUAUGUGUGUGUAUGUAUGUAUGUAUGUAUAUAUAUAUAUAUGUAUAUAUAUGUAUAUAUAUAUAUAUAUAUAUAUACACACACACACACACUCUAUCUCUCUGUAUUGAAAAAAGACGUAUGAUUGGUUGGAUCAGUACGUGAUUCAACCUGAGAAUGUAUUGCUUGUAAAAGGAAACACUAUCCUUAUGUAUGUGUCGUAGUUAUAACACAGAAAUGAGGCCUGUAAUGUAGGCUGAGUCUAUUUGAAUGAAUGGAUAAAUAUGGCAGACCCCUGAAAGCGUGGGAGUCAAAAAUGAUCCAUACAGAUAAGUGAGCUUGGUUUUGUAUGGACAUAAUACAAUACUGAUAGCUUUUUAAACAGUAAUAGAAAUAAUCUGUCUAUUUAUUUAAACCAGCAAUUCGUUAACCGAAUGUUAUAUACAUGAAAUGGUGAAAGUAAUCCACGAAAGGAUUAUGCGUAAUACAUAGAAAUAAAACCGAAACCCAAUGUGAGGGAAAACAGAAGUUGGAACGAAUAGUUUAAACGUAUGAAUUUUAUGCAAACCGCAAGCGUGUUUGAGCGUAUCAUGAAAAAGUGCCGAACGGCAAAACAACCGAAAUGAUGAUCUGUUUCAAUGUGACAUAGAAUAGUUAUAUGCGAAAUGACUAUUUAUACGAAUAUACCGAUUAGCCGAAUGACCGUAUGAAUGAAAACCGCGAAUGGCUUGUACAAUUUGUGACAUAUCAGGGGAAAAAAAAUAAAGCGAGGACCCAUGCUGUACCGUACGCCGUGGGAACCGAUCCUGGCGUGACAGGUAGGUCUGACUUACGGUUUAAGAGUCCCUGGGACGCGAUCUACGACAAAGACCGGGGUCAGAAGAAGCUGGACGGACGGAAAAGGCCUGAACAGGAUUCCUGGACACAGCUUGCUGCGGUAAAAACCUUGUGGAUACUGAAAACCAAGAUGGCGUCUGAGAGAACCUGGAAGUGGAUCCUCAUUCAACGCUGACCUUGAACGGUAAGGAGCAAGGUAAGGGGUGUGCCUUAAGUAGGCUAGGAGUGUAUACCAAGCACCUCCCACAAAUCCAGGCAAAUUGCCUUAAAAUAUAUAUAUUUUAUUGUGAUUAUGUAUCCUAUUAUACUGUGAUGUGAUUUGACUUGCGUGGCUUUUAUUGUGCCUUUAGGAUUUAGGGCUUUGUUCUGACCCAGUGUGAAGUUUGCCCACAGUGUGUCUUCCCACCACUUUUCUUUUGUGCUACGUUGCUCCCUGGGACUUGGCAGAUCCUGGUGAGGCUUUCUCUGUGUAACCGCCGCGGUCGUGGCUCCCGGAACUGCCGCAAUCAGCCGAGCAUGCGCUUCCCGUCAGGGACGCCUCCGGCAGCCAUCUUGCGGCUCGGCUGCUAUGUCCACGCUCGGUUAACAACAAAAAAACGAGCAUUGUCUCAGCCACCGGGCCCAUUACUCGUAAGUUGGCCCUAUACCACAGCACAUAUUCUGCCAGCUACCUCGCGGCUAACUUUUAAAGCCGCAGCAAGUAUAUUUUCACUCAAAUUUUCACCGGAGGCCAUUUUAAACGAUGCUUUCGCGCCCUUUUCUUCCGCGACAAGCCCACUCCGUCCCUUGAAUCGGAGUUGGUCUCCAGUUUUAUGGCGGACGGUCCCCCUUUUCUCCUGCUCCCAUAACUUUGAUAAUAAUCUAGUGUGUACUACUAAUUGCCUGCUUUUAUCAUUUUACUGUUAUUUUACUUGCAAUAUGCAGUCCUCUAGUGACUUGCCUGGUCCCUCAGGGACACAAACUAACACUCAAACUGCCUUGGGUAUUCCUCCUGUAGCUUCUGGGGAUGAGGUGGAUUUCCCAGCAUCAGAGGAAAUCCAAGCCAUUAUGGAUACUACUGUGUCCAAGUCUCUAUCCAAAGCCUUGGCAUCUGCCAUGGACAUUAUGUCCUCCUCUAUCUCCAAAUCAUUUACCCAAGCACUAAUACAGGCCCAAUUAAUGGUCCCUCCGACCGCUAUGCCAGUCGCGAUACCAUCCGUUUCUCAACCCCCAUCGCCCAGCCGCAAAGCCAAAGUCAAGCACUCCUCCAAACUAAUGAUGGACAGCAUAACACCUGUCAUAGAUGGCGCGAAUAUUGAACCACCACGCAAAAGAGCCUCUAGCCGGGCAAAAGCGGCUAGACACUGGAAGUGGGCUAAAGCCCAGCCUGAUACCACUGAGUCAGAACUCAGUUCAGAUGAGGAGAGUGCCCCUACCCUAGACUCAAAUCAGUCUAAUGAUUUGUCCGACUUAGAUUCGGAGUAUGGAAUGGUUGAGGAGUGUAAUCCCUCCACUAAAAUACUUACCACUGGCACGUCCAGUUCUGACUUAAACAAAGAGGGUAAAAUCCUUGACCCGCAGGGUGAACCGUUGUUCGAACCUGAUGACUUACGUCACCCCCGCUCUGCGGAAUGGUCACCGGCUGAGCAUGUGGCGCAAUACGUGGCAUCCCGGCUCCGUAAGCCUUUGGACAAGGCAACAUGUAAUACGCUAAAGGCUGAAUGCCCAUGUCCCACCGUACCAGACGAGGUCUGUAAGACACCCCAGGUUGACCCCAAAAUCAUACAAUUUUUAAAUAAAACUGGUUGGAAACCUAAGAAAGGUCUAGACUUUUCACUCUAUAAUUGCCAAGAUAAAGUCUUGGAUAUUUUAGGUCCAGCGAGCAAAAUUUUUUUAAGCCAUGGAAGAAUCCUUGGCUCAAGACGAAGCCUUAUAUCGCCUCACUAUUAGAGGUUGGAUUCAGAGAGUGAUCUGCCUCAUAGGCAAUGCCAAUACCACUCUUGCUACAGAGCGCCGCAAAUCUAUCUAUCUUAAUUAAAAUAGAACCCAAACUUGUAAAUAUGGCAAUUACUGAGCCAGGAGCCCAAGCAAAAAUGGUAUCUUUUUGUAGAGUCUUUUGUAAAAGACCUGGGCUCCUCUGUCCAGACAUUCAUGGCCUUAGACAAGGCACAAUCAAAUCUAAAACGGGUGUUGCAAAGUUUUUUGUUGGGCCUGGCAGAACAAGGGGCUGUCUGUCCGGCAGAGUCCAUAGAGGUUCGCGCCCGAACUGAGGCUCUUAUACGGGGAGACCCCACCCCCUUUCCCGACCAGAGGUCCGCUCCAACCUUCUUCCCCCAACGAGGCAGACCUUGGGUGUCGAGAGGUGAACAAGGCACUCCUUCCGGAAGACGUCCUUACUGUAAGCUACCUUUCUCAAUUUUCUUCACAUGUGGCGAUAGGGGGCAGACUCACACAUUUUUCCCAUGUCUGGGAUCCAAUUACAUCAGAUGCUUGGAUUCUCAGGGUAGUCCAAGGAUAUCUAAUAGAUUUUGUAUCCCUGCCUACUCAAAUCUCACCACCCAAGGAGAUUGUUUGGUUUUUGUUUUUUUUUCCAAUAGACACGACCCUCGUCUCCGAGGAAGUUUGAGACUUGGCACUCAAAGGUGCUAUCCAAGAAAUCCCGAUGUAUACCCUGCGUUUUGUGAGCAACCUAUUUAUUGUCCCCAAGAAAGGGGGCGGAUCCCGCCCAGUUAUCAAUCUCAAACACUUAAACAUCUACGUAACCUACCAUCACUUCAAGAUGGAAGGCAUUCAUUGCUUAAGAGAUUUGCUCCAGCCAGCGGACUGGAUGGUCAAACUCAACCUAAGAGACGCUUACCUCACGGUACCCAUUGCGCAGGUGCACCAAAACUUCCUGCAAUUCACAUGGCAUGGAAGGAAGUGGCGGUUCCGCUGCCUUCCCUUCGGUCUCUCUUCCACACCUUGGUGUUUCACCAAGCUCAUGAAGCCCAUCAUCGCUCUUCUACACAGUCGGGGCAUUCGUCUAAUCAUAUACUUAGACAACAUCCUGCUGUUAUCCCAGUCAGUAUCACUACUUCAUAUUCACCUCGGUUGUAACACAACCUUGCUACAGAAUUUGGGCUUCAUUAUAAAUUGGGAAAAGUCCAUCCUAGUCCCCACUCAACAAAUAGAGUUCCUAGGACUCUUGGUGGACUCACACGCAAACCUUGUAUUUAGAAAUAUCAAGAAAGAAAUAAGAAAAGGUUCUUACCUCUCCGCAAAUAUCUCUCAAACAUCUGGCCCGCAUGAUCGGGCUCCUAGCAGCCUCCAUACAGGCCAUAUUUCCGGGCCCCCUUCAUUACAGAGCCCUCCAGCGCCUACAGGCGUCAUACCUCAGAGGCGGCGCCUCAUACGAGGAUACUCUGACCCUAGACACAGAAGCGAAAAAAGAACUCCACCGGUGGCUCCUACACAUGGAGGCAUGGAAUGGCAGAGCCAUCUUCGGCUCAGCACCAGAUGUGGUCAAAGAGUCGGAUGCGAGCUCUUACGGUUGGGGUGCGCGCUACGGAGAUAUCUCCACAGGCGGACGAUGGUCGGAAGCGGAAUCCACGCUGCAUAUAAAUUACCUAGAACUCCUAGCAGGGUUCCUUUGCGAUUCGCCGACACUGUCCCAGUGUUCAAUCUUACUGAAGAUGGAGAACAUAUCGGCUGUCCGUUAUAUCAACCACCUCGGUGGUACAAGAUCCAAAAUUCUAGCGAAUUUGGCUCGAGACUUUUAGCAGUUUUGUCUGCAACACAACAUGGCUCUCAAGGCGGAAUAUUUGCCGGGGUAGUCCAACACUACGGCAGAUUGGUACUCCCACCACCUGCGGGAUUCCAGCGACUGGCACCUCGAUCCCCAAAUCUUCCAGCGCAUUUGGGAUCUGUGGGGUUCUCUGGCAAUAGACUUAUUUGCCUCUCGCUUGAAUACCCAACUUCCGACCUUCAGUUGGAGGCCAGAUCCUACGGCUUCAGCUAUGAAUGCAUUCUUCCAAGACUGGUUAACCACCAGGAACUAUGCAUUCCCUCCAUUUGCCCUCAUCCCUCGUUGUCUCCUCCAUCUACAGCGCCAAUUGGGCUGCCUGGUUGUAAUAACCCCCCUAUGGCCGUCACAGCCCUGGUUUCCUCUGCUGGAGAUGGCUAUAGAUCACCCACAGCUCUUUACAAAUGCACAAUCUCUCCUACGGGACCCCGAUGGGACCCCCACCCCCUGAUCCUUCAGGGUCUCCUCCGCCUCAUGGCGUGGUUGAUUUCCGGGGACCCUGGUCAAUCGAGGGAGUUUCACAAUCGACUCUCUGACUUCUCAAGGGCGCAUGGGCACCCGGCAAGAGGCAGUCUUACAAGUCUGCUUGGCGCACAUGGGAUGGUUGGUGCGUGGCACAGGGUGUGGAUCCCCUAUCAACUCCUGUGACAACAGUCCUACAAUUCUUAACCUCCCUUUAUGAUAACGGGAAGGCUUAAAGGACGGUAAACCUUGACCGCUCAGCUAUCUCAGACGGCCAUACUGGCAUUGAUGGGGCCCUGAUAGGACGACACCCAUUGGUUUGUCGACUUCUCUGAGGCAUUCGCUUCGCAAGGCCACCCCUACCUCACUAGUCCUCCCUAUGGGACAUCUCCCUGGUAUUAAAAUUCCUAACUAGGUGGCCAGACGAGUCUUUAUUCUUAAAACAACUCUCAGCUAAAUUAGUUACACUGUUGUGCCUAAUCUUAUGCAAAAGAGUGUCAGACGUUAGAGCUCUCGAUGUUAAUGCCUGAUCCUUCACCCCAGAAGGAGUCGUUUUUGACAUCUCAGGAAGGACAAAAUCAUCCUCCAGUCCUGUAUUCAGCUUUUCCCACGAAGCCGCUCCUUUGCCCAGUAGCGUGUCUUAGGGCGUAUGAAGCUCGUACUGCAUCCCUUCGGACUGGGUCGGACCCCCAGCUCUUCAUCUCCUUCCGUAAACCGCAUGCUCUGGUAUCCUCUCCUACCUUGGCCCGCUGGGUCAAAUGGCUCAUGUCCUUGGCAGGUAUUGAUACCUCCAUAUUUUCUCCUCAUUCAGUUCAUGGGGCCAUGGCCCCUAAAGCCUCCUUUGCAGGUUGCAGUUUGGAAGAUAUAUUGAAGGCGGCUGAUUGGUCUGCAGAAUCUACUUUCUGUAAUUUCUAUUUCAAACCAAUCCCAGCAUUUCGCAGAAGCCGUGAUAUCACAGCUUUGAAAUCGCAUAAUAGGAGCCUCCGGGUCUUUAAUAAAAUUCAAGGAUUUUACAAUUAUCAUGACGGAAAGUCAUGAUUUCAUUAAAGACACGGAGGCGAGUAUUAUCCCGCCCACCCUCGAGCAGCUCGGAGGAAGGUCGAGGUACGUCUUCAGGCCUCUCCAAGGUAAGUUCAACUUGGCGGUAUUGAUGCCAUCACAUACCUACAUCGCUCUAGUACAUUAUCUAAUGAUGGGACUUUAUUGCCACUGUUGUCCUCAGAUUGGUAGUUGCCUCUUACUACUGUUAUGAAAGGUUGUCACUGUUUAGUCAGUCAUUUAGACCUAUACAAAUGCGGACAACCCAUAAUUUUAAGAAAUUACCAUAUUUUCUUGUUUCUUUAGUGUGACCUGGUAGAAAGACCUCCUGGAAUCAAAUGCCUUGUUACGGCUCGUUUGGUUUACUUGGUUUUCCUGUUCCGAGUUUGUUAUUCUUCGGGAUUCGCAAGAAAGAGGAAAUGGUCAUCAACGCUCCGUCUACUAUAGGGGAAGGAUGUCAGUGAUUGGAUGAUCAUGUUACUAGGCGGACAUUGCCUAUAUGAUGUUAUACCUGCUUUUAAUGGUUUUUUUUGUUUUUUUUUUCAAUAAUGUUUCUUUGCUGCUGAGGGAAAUAAAGAAAGAGUGCAGCAUAAUACUUGCCUCCGUGUCUUUAAUAAAAUCAUGACUUUCCGUCAUGAUAACUGUAAAAUCCUUGAAUUAUCCACAAUAUAUUAGUGUCUAGAAGCUCAUUGGUUUAAUUGUUACAUUAAAUAGUUUGGGAUUACUAGCUUAUGUCAACUUGUAUCUAUCUACUAGAUUGCACCUUUGGCUUGCCUCAAGGAAGCCCCCCUUGAGGAAUGUGAGAUGGGGACAUGAUUGCUGCCAACAGGAUAAGAUCUUGAGGGGGACAAGUGCAACAAUGUUGCAAGUUCCCAAGUUUGAUACGGUGUCAACAGGGAGUCUCACUUGCCAGACAAUGCAGGUCAAUUGAGUGAAGGCUAAUUGUAAUAUCCACCCACUGUGUUUCGUUGCUUAUUUGGUGUGUCUUGUUUUUUUUUUUUGUUUUUUUUCCCUCUGUUGUCUGUUUCUUGUUGUUGUCACAGCUUGGUGGAUAACCUGGCCAGAACAUAAGAGAAUGUUGCAUUGUGUUGCCCUGCCUGGGAUUGGGGAGUUGCAGUCUGCUGAAGGCAGUAUUUGGUAUUGCCACAAAUGGCGGACAUGUGUUUAAUUUUUGCUGGCUUGAGAAUACAUUUUCAAUUAAGCUGAGGUAGUUACUCUAGCCACCAUUUCUGAGUUUCUGUAGUAGCUGUGUUUUAUAAUUUUUUAUUAUUUUUGUUUAAUAUUUUUUUUUAGGGGCAUUGGGCUAUGAUAUAUUUUCAGGGUAAGGGAGGGUCAGCAGUCAUAUGACUUCAGCCUCUUUCCCUAUUUUAUCAAUGCAAUGUUUUGUGGACCCAGGACAUACUUGAAAAUGAGAGAAAUCUCAAUGUAUCUUUCAUAGUAAAAUAUUUUAUAAAUAACAUUUGUUUCCCACGAGGCUGCUGUAAUAUAUCACUGGACUUGUCUUCUUAUCUAGAAUUUCCUCACUGGUUAUGGUGAACAUCACAGCACACCUCAUCAGGCCAUCAUUUGUAGGACGAUACUUGGCAUUCCUCAGGCUGCUGAAGCUUCAGUGGAACAUUUUCUACAGUAUUUGAAGUUUUCUGAUAAAGGUUAAAUUAAGGCAAAACUACUAUUAACAUUAUUACUUGUCUCACUGAUCUUUUGAUUUCUAGUCCAUGAAAUCUAUUCAUUAAAGUAACAAUCAGAGCACAGUAAUGACUAGAGCACACUAUUCUUAUGCGAGGAAUGCUUUGACACCGUUCCACGGUAAGUUGUCAAGUCAGUGUUCGUAUAAUUUCACACCUUGCCUGGGCCCCCUCCCUGAUGAAUAAGGGUUAAAACCCUCGGUGCUGGGUCACGGCUCCAUCUACUCUGGUGUCAUUCGACUAUUGGGCGCUAAUGCACUUGCUUGGCGAGUGCAUUAGGCCUUUCAAUAGGAAAGUAUUGAAUCCAUGCUUUCUUAUAGGGAUAUAGCUGACGCUGGAUGUCCUCAUGCAGAGCGUGCAUAUCUGUUUGUAAUAAGCAUACUCUGAAAAAUUUGUUCUGGGAGCUCAAUUACUUUGGAGCUCUGUGAUGACUCUGAUCUGCUGAACAUUACUGUGAGUUUUACUGUGGAUCUCUCUUAUCAUACACAAAUUCACCACUCAUUUUUAUGAGCUGCUAUGAAGUCAGGUACAUAUUUAUACAGCCAUCCCCAUCAUCAUUCACACAGCGUCAGAAAGGUUGCAACUGCGAUCAGACCCUGGAGUUCUACCUGUCAUAGGGGGCCCAUCAGGGAUGAAAAUUGCAGGCAGUUUACUACUUAAUUUGCUUGCCUGCUGCUACCCUGCAAAGAGUCCAGUGCAGGCUCUACUCCCUAGCCAGGUCCCUGGUGGUCCAGUAGUAGAACUGAUGCUAUGCAGUGUGCUCCCCUUCUGGUAACCCUCUAUGAAAUCUUCUCCCUUGCAGAUCUGGCAUUCAGGUAGUCAGGCAGAAUGCAGUUGAGAGGAUUCUCAGCCUUUUCACUACUGAGUGCCUGAAACGUGGCAGAGAGGAUAUCAUAGACAGGGGCGGGCUGGGCCGGGGGGCAGGGAGGCAAUUGCCCCCCAGGCCGCCCUAAAAUCUGUUGGGACCGGCCGCUGCAGGGCCGGCCCUUUAAAUGCUGCAGCCGCCUGAGCGCUCUGUUAAGAGCCUCAGGCGGCUGCGGCUGCUCCUCACUUGCCCUCCCCUGUAGCGUGGCCGAGCUGCUUGCUGGUCCGCGGUGCCCGGCCGGACUGAUAGGAAGGCGCACGCUGAGUGUGCACUUCCUGUCAGUCCGGCCGGUUACAGGAAACAGAAACUCCAGUUCCGCGCGGAGUUUCUGUUUCCUGUAACUGGCCGGACUGACAGGAAGUGCACACUCAGCGUGCACCUUCCUAUCAGUCCGGCCGGCACCGCGGACCAGCAAGCAGCUCGGCCACGCUACAGGGGAGGGCAAGGGAGAGGUGAGGAGGGGGGGGAGAAGUAAGAGGGAGUAAGUGAAGGAGGGGGGAGUAACAGAAGGUGGAGGAGGGGGAGUAAGAAGAAGAAGGGGGGUUUGAAAAACGGGGGGUAAGAAGAACAAGGGUGGAGUAAGAAGAACACAAGGAGGAGGGGGAGAGUAAGAGUGAGGAGAAGGGGAGAUGAGGAGAAGGGGAGAUGAGGAGAAGGGGGGGCACUGAGAAGAACACAGGGAGGGUGGGUAGUGAGGAGAACACAGGGAGGGUGGGUAGUGAGGAGAACACAGGGAGGGUGGGUGGUGAGGAGAACACAGGGAGGGGGAGGUGAGGAGGACACAGGGAGGAGAGGACACUACGCGCACACACAAUGCAUCCCUACACACACACAGAAACACAACAUGCUUCCCUUACACACAGAGAAACACACAAUGCAUCCAUUACACACAAACAAUGCAACACUUACACACAAAGACAAUGCAUCCUUUGCACACAUACACAGAAACACAUAAUGCAAACACUUACACACACACUGCUUUUCUUACAUACACACAGAAACACAAUGCAUCACUAACACACACUCAAUGCACACACUUACAGACACACACCUUGCAUCCCUUAUGCAUACAAACACAGAUUCACACAAUGCAUCCCUUACACACAACCAGAAACACACAAUACAUCCCUUAUACACAAAUACACACUGCUUCCACUACACACAAACACACUGCAUCACCUGCACAAACUGGUAUCCCUAUACACUACAUACCAUAAGCACACAUAUUAGAUCCUCUACAACAGGGGUUCUCAACCCAGUCCUCAGGACCCGCUACCAGUCCAGGAUUUGGGGAUUACCUGGGUGUGUCUCAGGUGUUUAGAAAAAGGGAAAAAACACCUUAGACACACCCAGGUAAUCCCUAAACCCUGGACUGGUAGGGGGUCCUGAGGACUAACGUUGAGAACCCCUGCUCUACAAUAACACAUAACACAUCCCCUACACACUCCACUCCCUGUGAGCGAACUCAUGGGUGGGUGGAACAUAUAAGUGGACUUAUGAGUGGGCCUUGUGGGCAUACUCACCGUCAGGCCCUGGGGCCCAGACCUUGAGCUGUAUAAGGGGCCCUCCCAAAAAUGGAGCUGCUUCCAAUUCUCCCAGAACAUUGAAUUUUGUGACCACAGUUGCAAACAGCCUCCAGAGAUCCUGUUCUACACCAGACCAGUGGAGCCAAACUGCAGCCCAUCAUCAUCCUCAUUUGGUUGUAAGUAGGCAAUCUAGUAUAUUAUUAGUGACACUAAUCUAUAAUUUUCAUUACAUUAAAGGGACACUAUAGUCCCCAGAACGACUGGAGCUUAAUGAAGUGGUUCUGGUAUCUAUAGGCGGUCCCUGCAGGCUUUUUAAUGUAAACACACACUGUGGGCAGCACUGGCGUUAGUUCGUAUGGCAGCUCAUAUAGGUGGGGCAUUGUGAUGUCACAUGGGGGGCGGCAAAUACAGCUGUUCCCCAUGCAGCCACAGGUGCCACUGUGCUGAGAGAUUGUGAUUACUCUUCACUUCCUCCCAGCUUACAGAGCAGCGCAUGGGAGAGAGAGGGGAGGAGGCAUGAUUUAAUCUUACAACAAAUCCAGUAAGCAAAUCUUUAUAAAUUUGGGUGGGAUCAGAUCUGUUUCCACAGUUUAUUGGUGUUUACUCUGCUGUCUGUAUUAAUAUUGAGGGAUUUCUAAGUAGUAACAUCAGUGUGUGUCAGCAGGGCCAGCCAUUGGGGUGUGCACGCUGUGCGGUCACGCAGGGUGCCAUCACAACAGAGGCGCCCGGCGGACAACACAGCUCACAAGUUGGGGACACCAGCCUAUUCAAUUUAAACGAUUCGCUGGUGGUCCACUGGUGCGCACCAGCAGUAGGUGCAGUCAGAUUAUAGCAUCUCCCUCGUGGUUCCGACGCUCAGUUAGUGAGUCAGAGCACAGGCUCAGAGAUUCUCAGCCUGCGCUCUGACAACAUUGAAAGUCAGAGCCGUGAAGGAGCGGGUAUGGCAAAGAGCUACUGAUUAGCAUAACAUCAAUAUCAGUUAUAAAUCCAGGAAAAGGUGGGCACCAUUGCACUGAUUUGGUGGUGCAAUGGGCCUCUUGACUGGUUUUGCCCCCCAGGCCUAAGGCUGCCAGCCCUCCCCUGAUCAUAGAGGGCUACUGGAAGGGGUUCACAGCAUCAGUUAUACCACCGGGGAACGUAUAACCGCAACUGCCUACCAUGGACCACCAUGGUGGGCAGUACCGUGGUGAUUCACCAUGCAAGGGAUGGAGGCAGUGCACAGACAGGCUCAAUUGGACUGAUAGACAGGUGUUUCUAUAUGUGUCAGUGCAUAUAUGUCAAUGUUUGUGUGUAUCAGUGUAUGGAUCUGUGCACGUGUGUCAGUGUAUAAAUCUGUGCAUGUUUAUUAGUAUGUGCAUCUAUGCAUAUGUGUCAGUGUUUGUAUCUAUACAUGUGGAUGUGUGUGUGAAUCUUGCAUAUAUGUCAGUGUGUCAAUCUCUGUGUGUAUCUCUUGUAGUUUAUCUGUGUGGCAGUGUACGUGCGUUUCUGCGUUUUUGCAAUGUGCCCAGUGCAUAUGUAUUUGUGAAUACUCAUUUACAUGCAAUAACCAAUUUUACACAUAAAACAUUCCUGCAUUCAAACGCCAACACUACACACAAACCGUCCCCCUGCAUUCAAACAUCAGCAUUAUACACAAAUAUACAAACAUUCUGCCAAAAAUAUACUAUAUACAAAACCAUGCUUACAUACUGCAUACAAAUAAACCCUGCAAGUAUGGGUAAAUAGUAGGUCCACAGCUGGUAACAUCAUGGUAUUUGUACAGCAGCUGAGGAUUUAUUGACCACCUCUGCUCUAUAGUGUGUGUGUGUGUGUGUGUAGGAGGGGUUUGACAUAUUCUACACCAGAGGUUUCUAGUUACGCUCCUGCAUACAUAUGUAAUUAACAGUACAAUAACUCACCCCCACCCACACACACAUACAAAUACACAUACUUAGACAUGAGAAACUAAAACACAAUCAUAAAUAUAUUGACAAGCAUACAAAGACUUGCGAUAACAAUCAUACACUGACACUCGAGCAGGCACUCGCACACUAACACUCGUGUCUGUGUAUCAGUGUCAGUUUUACUAUCCAAUCUUGUAUCUGUAAUUCAAUCCAUGUGUCCUGUGGUGCAACUGCAAUCUGACAGCACCUGGGUUCAAGUACCAAGUAGCAUAUCCUCACAACAAUCAGGAUAUGGCAUCACAUCCUGGCAACACGUUUUAAUAAAAUAUAUGUGCGCUUAGGGGACUCAUCGGGUGUUAAGUCUGCAAUGGCACAAUGCCUGGCACCCAGCAUGUCUUUGUGUCAGUGCUGCAAAAUUAUGGCUGUUACACCCAUCGGGCCACUCAGUGCAAAGCAUAGGGGCAGAGCUCUGUCCAAAUGUUAGUCCCGAGUGGAUCUCUGUGAUUCGCUUCACACCUUGCUAUGAGGUAUAUUAGUCUGGAACCUCAUUUUUAAACUGAAUGAGUUUUAUUUCUAUUGUGAAAUCUUGGUGUCAAAAUAAUGACUAUUGUACUGGCUUGAAGAAUAGAUUAGUGAUUUAAAAAAAAAUAGUUACAUUUCAAUGCAUGAUGAUGAUGAUGUAUUUUUUUAUUUAUUUAUUUUUAUUCUUUUGUUUUGCUUUUAUUUAGGUUGAUUGUGACAGAUCUGUGACUGGAUCAGUCUAUGAAUAUGGUGCACUCUCCCUGGAAGGUAGUCAGUAUAUCCCGUUCUCCAAGUACCAAGGGAAGAUGAUCCUGUUUGUGAAUGUUGCAACGUACUGA